AAAAACUGACGCUUUCUUCUGGUUUCGCCGACAACACUGAAUGAUUAUCUGUGAUAUACGGAAACUGCUAUGAAAUCCAGUGUGUUAACCAGGAGGAAUCCCUUCCCAUCCUCAUCCAAAAAGACGCACCAAUACCACCAACCUCUGUCCAAGAAAGACAGAAAUACAACUCGGAGUCCUGUACGCUCAAACCAGCGGUCCCGCUCGAGUCCAGAGAGACAACUGCUGGAUGAAAAACAUGAUCACUACAUUCCUGCCGUUGACGGGAGUUCUUUAUACACCGAGUCCUGGCCCUCAAGUGACUGUGGAUCUCCCCCUGGCAGCAAGACAACCCCACACAAACAAUAUGAGUCUGCAUUACAAGGGGAAAGUGAAGCUUCAGAGCAAGAAAUACAUCAGCAGGAUUCAGUACUUGCAAAAUACAUAGAGCGUUUUCGCCACGGCCGUCCACGGAGUCGAGAGCAGCGCCAGCAGAUGGCGUCGGCCGCUGCGGACGAGCCAGCGUCCUUCUGGUGGCUCUCACCUUCAUCUCUACCCUCAAGUUCAACACCAACUAAAAUAACAGAUGUUUUUCCGUGUGAGGAAGAUGACGAUGAUCCAGUUAUUUUUAGUCCGGCUGCACAGCGUCGACAUGACAGAUCCCUUUCUCCUUGCAGAGGAUCGCUUGGUGGGCUGUCUGACACUUCCCUGGGGGAUUUGGACGACAUUGAAAUACAACAUCUUCAAGAAAGAGCCAGUCGACAUCUUCUGAGAGGUGAAUGUCUGGGUGAGGGAUCAGUCCCUGUCAGCUCCGAGGGUCUUGGAAGCUCAGAUUUCUCGCCUCCCGUCACUGUAGAUGAACCAGUGCGCCGACCUUUAAUUCCCAGUUUAAUAAAACAAACGACUGUUCAGGAAAGGUUGAACUCGAUUCAUGGCGCAUCCUCGCAAAAACCUGUCGGCCACUCAUUUCCUGCCGCCACGCGACCCGAGGAGGACAUCUUAUUCCAGUGGCGGUUGAGGAGGAAGAUGGAACAAGCCAGAGACUGGACUCAGCCCCCUCAGUCCUCCAGCUUUCUUCAUCCCUCACUCGGCCGACCAUCUCCCGGUUCACUCCUUCCACCAGGAAGUGGACAAGCUUACAAGCAUGAGAGCCAGAGCGCUCAGCUUCUCCAGCCGUCACAUCCUCGUGUCACUGCUCCCCAACCGGAAACCAAGGAGGCCCCCAAACCGAGCCCCCCUCCUGCCUUUGUUGUGUGUGACUCUUCAGUCCCUCAGCACCACGGUGUUGCUCACGUUCCCGCCCACAUGCACUUGCUCUGUGAUGUCCUGCCCUGUCCCGUCCAGACGGCCCGUUCUGGACAAAGCUUUUCACAAACCACUAAUAGACCAGAAUCAGAUGUUCAGAAAAAGACCCAAAUGAAAGACAAAUCAGUGAAUACUCUCCCCAGUGUCCCAUCCAGUAAAUAUAUGCCAUCGCCACAUUUUUCUGCAUCUGGAGCUGCAGAGGGAGACGGGUAUUGCAACCAAACUGUCCCUGUCAGAGACCAAGAAAGAAAACCUGAGACAAAGCAAUCAAAGAGGGCAACAGUGUGCAGCACACAGCAGAAGAAAUCAGCAAGGAGUUCUUCACAUCAAAAGCUUUCUAAAAGAGCCACACUACAGAAAGAGGGAAGCCAGGAGAUUCCCAGUGAAAGCUGCUCGGAUGAACAGAAACCACCACCGUCUCCGAUCCACAGUGCGUUGGGACAGGUUGUUUCAGAGGUUUUCUUCUCCGUGUCGGAUUCCCCUCCUGCCUCAUCAGUUUCCCCUCCGUGCACCGUCCCGGCACGUCCGCAGGCCUCGGUUCCUCCAGGCAGUGCUCAGAACUCCGUGGAGGUCAUUUCACAGCUGCUGCAGGAGGCUGAAGAUUCUGAUGAGAAGGAAUUUGAAGAUGACCCUUUGUUACAAGUCCUUCGCAAACAAAGAAAAUGGAUAAAGGAGCAGAUCAGUGAAGUGGACUCUCUGUUGAUGGAAACCCUGGAGGAGCAACAAGUUACUUGAACAUCACCAAGACACGAUUU